CUUUCUAAGUCUUUGCAAUUACUUUCUAAGUCUUUGCAAUUUCUUUUCAUAUCAGAAUGGUAUUGGGUAUUUCGUGUUUAUUGCUGUACAUUUUCAUCUUGACUUGGAGGCUUCCACGCACUUUCUAUGUCUUCGCAAUGACUUUUCUACUCCAUCUAAUAUCUAGCUAGCUUUCUGUCUAUAUAUAGCUAGCUUUCUAUCCCCAGCCUUCACAUUUCUCUCCAUUGUGUUUCUGCUCUGCAAAUCUACCUUCAUACUUUAUUCUCAACUUACUACUCUUAAUCUCUGAGUCCAUUUUCCAGUCUUUGAUAACCCAAACUAAAGAAUACAAAAGACUUGGCAAUGUGAUUUUGAAUUCCUAUGAUUCCCUAGUGGCUCUACUUUACUUGUGCUCCUUCUACCCGCAACUUUAUUCUUUGCAGGUUCAGAAAGAUCAAGAACAUUAAAGUUUGCAAUCCAACAGUGUAGACAGGUGCAGAGGGAGCAGGAAUCACAUUAUUUCAUUCGACACACCGUCACAUUAAACUGUUCUGUAUGGUGAAUUUCGGUGACAGCGUUUCACUCCAUGUGUAACUACAGAGAAUCAAGACAAAAGUAAGGAGAAUAAUACUUUUUGGAAAUGGCCGAGAAAGUUUUUUCCAUUGUUGCAGAGCACGGAGCUCUAAAUUGGAUUAAACGUCAAAGUAGUUAUGUGUGCAACUUCGAAAAAAAUGUAGAUAAUGUUAAAGAUCAACUCCGCAAUCUGAAACGUAAGAGAGAGAGAAUCGAGCACGUUGUUGAUGAUGCAACCAAAAGAAAACUGGAGGUGAUUGAAAGUGACGUUCAACACUGGCUGCGGAGCGUGACAGCGGUUGUUGAGAAUGCAGAAAGUCUUUUCGAGGAAACACAGAGGGCAAAGAGGAGGCGUUUGUUUGGGUUAUUUCCUAAUGUGAAGGCAAUGUACCAGGUAGGUAAGAAAGCUGAGGACGAAUCAAAGGCAAUAGCAGAUCUUCAGUUGGCUGUAGGACAGUUUCAUAGUGUUUCAUAUCGUCCUGCUCCGCAAGGAAUACGUUUUGCAACCAUCAAGGAUUAUGAGACCUUCGAAUCAAGAGCAUGGCAUUUGGAUAAGAUUAUGAAGGCCUUAAAAGAUCCUAAUGUCAACAUGAUUGGCGUUUGGGGUAUGGGUGGUGUGGGCAAAACUACUCUUGUGAAGAAAGCUGCCCAACAAGCCAAUGCAGAUGAGAUUUUUGAUGUGGUGGUUUUUUCGGAGGUAUCUUCAAAUCAAGACUUGAAAAGGAUUCAAGGAGAAAUUGCAGAUGCCUUAGGCUUCAAAUUCGAGGCAGAGACAAUUUCUGGGAGAUCCAACCAGUUACAUGAACGUUUGCUGAAAGAAACAAAAAUUCUUGUGAUUCUUGAUAAUAUUUGGGCAAGGAUUGAUCUGGGAGAGUUAGGAAUACCUUUCAGGAAUGACCACAAAGGAUGCAAAAUAUUGAUGACAUCUAGAGAUAGGCGUGUAUUAUCCGAGAUUGGUACUAAUAGUUUGAAAAUCUGGGUUGAUACAUUAGAUGAUGUGGAGGCUCAAAAAUUAUUUGAGAAAAUGGCGGGAGAAGUCGUGAAAGUUCCCUAUUUGCAACCUCUUGCCAUUGAAAUAGCUAAAAGAUGUGCAGGUUUGCCACUUUUGAUUACCACAGUUGCAAGGGCCCUAAGUGAUAGAAAGGAUUCAUAUACUUGGAAAGAAGCCUUACAACAAUUAGAUAAGUUUGGAAAUGAUGAUUUUGAUGCACAAGUGUAUUCCGCUCUAGAGUUAAGUUUCAAUCAGUUGAAAGGUAAAUCGAAGAAAGAGGUGUUCUUGCUUUGUGGUCUACUAGUAAAUACUGAUUAUGCCAUUGAGGAUUUGGUGAAAUAUUGCAUGACCCUUGAUUCUUUCAAAGAUAUUGAUCAGUUGGAAGAUAGGAGAAACAAGUUGCAUAAAUUGGUUAUAGACCUCAAAUCCGCGUGUUUGUUAUUAGAUGGUCAAAAGAAUGGUUACAUCAAAAUGCAUGAUGUGGUUCGCAAAUUUGCUGUAUCAUUUGCACGUGAAAAUCAUAAUAUGUUCAUUGAAGAAUAUGAUGGUGAAUUGGAAGAAUGGCCCAAAAAGAAUACAGUUGCAAAGUUAUACUCGAUAUAUUUUCCUCACAAUUUCAUUCACAGACUAGUAGAAGGGUUGGAAUGUGAAGAGCUGAAGUUAUUUAUUCUGCAUUCCAAAAAUCGUGAUUUGAAGAUUCCUAAUUCAUUUUUCCAAGGGUUGAGAGGAAUUAUAGUCUUAGAUAUUAAGAAUAUAAGAUUUCCAUCUCUACCUUCAUCCCUUUAUUAUCUAGAAAACCUUCGCACUCUCUCUCUUGAGGAGUGUGAGCUGGAAGAUAUAGCCAGAAUAGGAAAUCUAGUUGGACUAGAAGUUCUUCGCAUUGUGAAUUCAAAGAUCUCCCAUUUUCCUGAGGAAACAAGACAAUUGACUCGUCUGAAGUUGUUCAGUGUCGAUGGAUGUUCAAAUCUUGCAGUGAUUCCACCAAAUGUCAUUUCAUCAUUCACUCAAUUAGAAGAAUUGCGUAUGGAAAAGAGCUUUGUGAACUGGGCGGCCGAAGGAGUUAAUGGUCAAAAUGCGUGUCUUGCUGAGUUGAACAAAUUGUCUAAGCUGACUAGCUUAGAUAUUCACAUUCCGAAUUCCAAUAUUAUGCCAAAUGACUUGUUCUCAGUCAAGUUAGAAAGAUUUAAAAUAGUAAUAGGAGAUGACUGGGCCGAGAGCUUGGAAUGGGGCUUCAAAUGGUUUGACAUGCAGUAUGAAAGGUCACGAAGUUUGCAACUCAAACUCUCCACAAGCAUUCAUUUGAAGCCUUGUGUUAAGGAAUUGUUGAAGAAAAGUGAAGAUCUAUAUCUCGAUGAAUUGGGUGGUGUUAACAGUGUUUGUGAGUUAGAUAGGGAAGGUUUUCCAAGAUUGAGAAUUUUAUUUGUCCAAGAGGGUCGGAACUUCCAAUACAUUGUAAACCCAAACACAACAACUCCUUGUAAAAUCUUUCCAGGCUUGGAGGUAUUGUCUCUUAAAAAUUUGAUUAACCUUGAGAUGAUAUGUCACGGCCAACUUGGAGUAGAGUCGUUUAGUAAGUUGAGAAUUGUGAGAGUGGAAAGAUGUGACAUGUUGAAGAACCUUUUCUCAUUCUCUAUUGUCAAAUCCCUUUUGCAACUGCAAGAAAUCAGCGUGGUGAACUGUAAAAACAUGGAGGAGAUGUUUUGCUGUGAAAGUGAUAAGGAUGACAAGUGCGAUGUGAUUGAGAUAACACAAGUACAAUACAUAUAUCUACAGAAUUUACCGAAGAUCACUAGCAUCCCACUUCUUAAUGGGAAGAUAGUGUUUCCCUACUUGGACUGGUUAUUCCUACGUGAUAUUGGUGCUGAAAAAAUAUGGGACAACAGUCUUCAACCAAUGCAACAUUUUGAUACAUUGAGAAAUUUGAGAUUGUCAGGCUGUCAUAAAUUAAAGUUCUUAUUGCCCGUUGUUGUGAUCAAAUAUCUCAUUCAACUCAUGGAACUUAAUGUAAGAGAUUGUGAAUUAAUGGAAGGGAUAAUAGAAGGAGUGACAAGUCAGAUGAUCUUCCCAAAAUUGACUCUCCUGAAACUCAAAGAUCUUCCAAAACUGAAAAGAUUCUGCACAGGAAAUUCUACUGAAUUUCCAUCCUUGUCCGAUAUGUGGAUAGAGAGAUGCCCGGAAUUGAAGUCGUUCAUCUUUGAUGAAAAGGACGUCAGCAAUGGUGACCUCCCACCUCCUCUCUUUGAUGAAAAGGGAUUUGAUGUUGUUGACAUAAGUUGA